AUGGGACGUAUACAGGCAAAUCCAACUCCUGCUUACUACCAGGACCCAUCUCAAUCCCACCCUCAAUCCUACCCACAGCCUCAAGAUCAAGAUCUUUAUGAACCAGUAACUGAGGCACCACUAGAAACCUUUGAUGAUAUACCUCCACCACCCUAUGAGAGUUAUCUAAGCGAAGAAACUCAGCAAGAGAACUACCAACAUGAGACAUACAACACGCCUGAAAAUAACCCAGAAGAAAGCCAACCACUGCACUACCACCGGUCUCCACCAGUUCCACCACCACCACCUCAUCAGCCAAGUCAAAACCCACAACAACCUGAACAAUUCCCUCCUCAAAGUCCAUCGGCAUAUCCAACUCAGCCUGUCCCUUACCCACCACAAAACCCGCCGCCCCAAGCUCCACCACAAGCCUUCCCUCCUCCUCCAGGUCAACCACAAGCAUUUCCUCCUCAUCCUCCAGGUACACCACAGGCCUUCCCUCCUCCUCAAGGUCAACCACAAGCAUUUCCUCCUCCUCCAGGUAAACCACAGGCCUUCCCUCCUCCUCAAGUUGCUUUCGAAAGGCCACAGGUGGUGCAAUUUCCGCCACCGCAAGGUGUGGGUGUACAGGUGGAGUAUCAAGCGAUGCAGUCACCUUCUUCGCUGCUACAUAAUGCUCAGGGUUUCAACAGCCCUAUAAUGGGAGUUCCGAUGGCUAUUCAAAACACAACACCUCUUGUUGCUACUGAGGGUUGGAAGACUGGGUUAUUUGACUGCCUGGAAGAUCCCGGAAAUGCUCUUGUGACAGCCUGCUUCCCAUGCUUGACAUUUGGGCAGAUUGCGGAGGUCAUCGACAAUGGCCACACCUCAUGUGGGACCAGUGGAAUGCUCUAUGGUUUGAUUGCCUGCUGCAUUGCAAUGCCAUGCCUAAUGUCAUGUACGUAUCGCACCAAGCUCAGGAAUCGGUAUGGACUCGUUGAGUCGCCAGCACCGGACUGGGUGACUCACUGCUUCUGUGAGUGGUGUGCACUUUGCCAAGAAUAUAGGGAGCUUCAACACCGUGGCUUGGACCCUUCUAUAGGGUGGAUGGGAAACGUUGCCAAGCAGCAGAAAAUGCAGCAGCAAGUUGCUAUGAUGCCCCCCAUGAAUCAAAGAAUGAUGGGUUGAUGAAAUAUGAAAGGAAAUUGAAUACCCACCUCCUCGUCUUUCGUUUUCUUUUUUGAAUUGGUUGUGUAUUUUAUCAAUGGUUCUGUG